AUGGAAGCCUACAGCCUCGACCACUACCCCUCAAGCCUCCUGGCGCUGCCAUACAACUCUCACAGCCGCCAUGUCCGAUCUACAUCAAAGGCUUCAUCCAUCUACUCAACAGUCUCUGCAGUAGACUCAAUAGCAGACUCAGCGUGCUCUCGCUUCUCAACUCCUCCUCGCGCCAGCCCUCCCGUCCGCCAGCAUGGUCCCCUUCUGCUGCCCAAGAUUCGCUCUCAAGAUCAGGAUAUCAGCCAGCCUCACUUGUCGCGGGUAUCACACUCUCGCUCCAGCUCUAUUCGUUCAGCAAGAGCAAGGCUUGCCAGCCAGCAGUCCACGCCGCCUCCCCCAGCUUCAAAGCCCUUCCGCACAAGCCACUCCCGGAGUUACACCAACCCCGAGACCGUUGCCAACAUGGCCUUUGCUCACAUCUCGCCCUUUGCCACCCCUCCCCCGCAGACGCAUGAUGAGCCCACGGCUUUCCCUUCAUCGCUUCUUGCUUCGCCUGCAAGCUUCGCCCAUGACAGCCUGCCGCCGUCUCGCCGCACAAGUCUCAACGUUGACGCUGCCACUAUCGACAAGUAUGGCUAUCCAACAUAUCGCCAGAUGCCCUUUGUGCCCACCACCACCGCCGCUUCGCAGCAGUCAGAGUACAUGUUCCCGUCUUACCUCCCUCGUGCCCCAUCACCCUUGAGCCUGGCCACCGCCGCUACUCCUGAGCCAGCGCCGUCAACCACUCUCAUGGAGCACCUGACAUGUCCCAACCCUGCUGCGUCUCUGGUCCGAACCAUCUCCUUUCCUCUUCGAGAUCCUUCAAUCAAGCACUUCUGGUGGGAUGUCCGCAACAUCUCCUCAUGGUCGAGCUUCAAUGCCUCGGCCAUCCUGUCUCUCCCUGGCGCUUCUGCUCUGCUCAACUCUCCCGUUCCUGCUCCUCUACUCCAGACACCUGCCUUCUCAUCUCGUCACCCCGAGACUGAGGCUGCUCUGCAUAGCCUUUACGCCUCGUACUAUCUUCCCAAGCUCAACUCUGCACUGGCCAUUUCUUCCAACCGCCCCCUGCAGCUCUCCGUCCCAGCCAAGACAGCCUCGGGCGUCAACGACCUCAUCUUCGUUGCCAAUGCCAUCGGCGAGUCGUCCACCGCUGCUGCAAUCUUCGGUGGCAAGCCCACGGCAAGAGUGGUUGGUCUCGUCCGCAGCUUUGAUCGCUUCAACACUGGCAUGCGUGCUGAAGGCAACAUCAAGCGUGUAGAUUACCUGCGAGGCCUUGCCGCCCUGCACUAUGCUAUGCGCGAGCAUGGCUGCCGCUACGGCUUCAUCCUCACCGAGAUUGAGCUCGUCCUUGUUCGUGCCGGUACCGAGUCGAUCCCCUUCUUCGGCGACUUGGAAAUCACUUCCGUUCAGCUCAACGCCGCUGCUUCCGAUGCCGAGCUCGACUCGUCGGACAGCGUUCCCCUGACGGCCUGUCUCGCUCUUUGGGGCCUCUGCCAACUCGCCAGCGACCACACUCCCGCCGGUCACGCCCACUGGAAAGCUGAGAUUGGCGCUCCCGCCGACGGCACCAGGCGAAAGGCCAAGGCUCGCGACAACUGGAUUCCCAAGCCCCAGCUGGCCGAGAAGCGUGAGGCCAAGCGAAGUCGUGGUUGGGUGUGGCCCGAGGACCCCGUCGGGAGGAAAGAGAUGGGCAAGAGAGGCGUCAAGUAUGGUGGAUUGUGAUGGCGGGUUUGCUGAGAUUUUCGCGGCUGGUUCCGUACUCUGCUCCCCAUCGCAACCCUCCAGAGCAAGGUCGACACUAGUAAUUUUUUUUUUAUAUUAAUUCUCCUUUAUUCCUUCUUGUUUUCCUUUUGUGGUUCUUGGUUUUAUGAUUGAAAUGACCUCAAUAUAUGUAGAUAGCUACCUAAUCAAACACUCUUUGAAGUUUUCCUUUAUUCAAUACACGAUGGUUCUGUUAU